AUGAAGACCGUUUCUUCCCUUCUCACAAUCCUUUCCGUGUCCGCCCUGGUCACCGCCGCUCCCGCUCCGUUCGUAAGGCCGGAGGGCGUUGCCGCCGCCAACGCUGGGUCGUAUGCUCGACGAAGCGAUAUUGCCGCCCUGACGGCCCGCAACCCCUCGGAAAAUGCGAAUGUAGGAGGUCAAGGACGCAAUGCCGCCGGGCAGGAAGAGGCACAGCAAGGAAAGGGCAAUGGAAAGGGGAAAAAUGCUGCAGUAGCAGAGGAACAGGCCCAGGCCGGCCGGCAACAAGAAAUCGACCCGCAGCUUCUGGCAUUGCUGCAGCAACAGGCUGCUCAUCAGCAACAAGCUGCCGCCGACCAGCAGGCGCCUGAGCAGCAGAACGCCGCCGAGCAGCAGAAGGCUGCUGAGCAGGCUGCUGCUCACCAGAAAGCUGCUCAGGAAAAGGCUGCUCUGGAAAAGGCUGCGCAGGAAAAGGCUGCGCAGGCCGCUCCUGAGCAGCAGCAAGCCGCUCAUGGCCAGCAGAAGGCCGUCGACGAACAACAAGCUGCCGACCAGCAAAAGGCGCUGGAAGAGCAGAAAGCCCUUGACAAACAGAAGGCCCUCGAAGAACAGAAGGCCUUAGAGGAGCAACAAAAGGUCGCCGAGGAUGCUGCCCAACAGAAACAGAAGCAAGCCCAGCUUGAGCAAGGCCAAGCUGCCGCCAACCAAACCGCCCCCGCUGGUAAUGUCACCAUCGUCGAGCCUCCCGCCGCCGGUGCCAACCUGACUGCUCCUGGAGCUGGUAACCAAACAGAGGUUGGCGGCGGCGGAAAUGGUAAAGGGAAAGGCAAUGGCCGAGGCCAAGGAAAAGGAAAAGGAAAAGGAAAGGGAAAGGGACAGGGGAAUGGUAGAAAUAACGCCAACAACAAUCUCGGACAGCUUCUUCAGGACCUUCUGGGCGCGGCUGCGGGCAACAAUGGCAAUAAUGGGAACGGAAAGGCAAAUCAAAACCAGCAGCUUGCAGACCUUCUUGCCCUCCUUCAGGGCGGCAAUAACGCGAAUGGUGGCAAUGCCGGAGGGAACCAACUCGCCGACCUGCUCGCUGGUCUCCAAGGCGGUAAUGCCCAAGGGGGCAAAGGGAAGGGCAACGCUGCUAAUCAGAACGGGCAUCGAAAUGGUAAUGCCGCGAAUAACGAAGCUAACGGUAACGGGAAGGCCAAUGGGAACGGCAAUGGGAAUGGCAAUGGGAAUGCUCACCCUGCGCAAAUGGAGAGGCGCGUUCGUCGGUCUUUGUAA